GGAAAAUAGACUGGAGCAAAUGAAAUUUCUCAGCUUAUCUUUGUGUUCCGUCAGAUUUUUUUAUAAACUCAGGUUAAUUGGUUAAUUUACUUUUACUACAAUUAAUUAUGCAGCUUAAUAAGACAAAACUGUUCAAGAGAAUGUAUCCACUUAGUUGUUGGGUUGGGUAUCUCCAUACGAUCCGGCUCAUUCCUUAAUUCAAAGGAAAUUUAUUUCAAAUUGCAAGAAUCCGAAAGAAAUGAAGUUUUUAACUCAAACCGAAGCAAUUAAUGUUGAUUUAGAACUAUUCAACGAAUAUAAAUUUAGUGUGGACCAGCUUAUGGAACUAGCUGGAUUGAGCUGUGCUCAUGCCAUAGCAAAGUGCUAUCCAGCCGAACAAUAUAAACGCAUUCUAGUAUGUUGUGGACCUGGCAAUAAUGGUGGGGAUGGAUUAGUAUGUGCCCGCCAUUUGUCGUUGAUGAAUUAUAAACCGAGCAUAUACUAUCCAAAACCAACACCUAAAGAAUUAUACGAGAAUCUAACCCACCAAUGCAAGCGCUAUGCUAUUCCAUUUCUUAAUUCAAGCCCUAGUCUGGAAACAACUAGUACGUGUUUUGAUUUAAUUGUUGACGCACUUUUUGGCUUCAGCUUUAAACCACCAGUACGAGACACAUUUGUACCUAUUGUUGAGGUACUCCAAAAGACUAAACUACCAAUUGCUAGCAUUGAUAUACCUAGCGGUUGGGAUGUAGAGGACGGCAAAUUGAGUGAAGCAGAUUUCGAACCAGAACUGUUAAUAUCGCUAACAGCUCCAAAGUUGUGUGCACGUUCAUUUCAAGGAAAAUAUCAUUAUUUGGGAGGACGUUUUGUACCGCCGGCUCUUCAAGAAAAAUACCAGCUAAACUUGCCUGAGUAUUUAGAUUGUGAUUCAUGUGUAAAAUUAUAAAUUGUUAACUCAUUUAAAAAGAAAGUAUAUUUAUUCAAAAUAUCAAAACAAAAAUC